CCAAAGGAGAAGCCCUUCUCGAGCCCACAGACAAUUCCUGAGGUACAAUCAAUGGCUGUCACUCUAAAGACAACGUUUUUCUUUCAGAGUAAAGCCGGCGGCGGCGAUUCACUUCCAAGAAUCAAGCCUUUCAGAUUCAAGGCUCCCAUGGCCACUCUCUCCACCGUUCCCACUGUCGGACUCUCCGAGACUUUCUCCAAAUUGAAACAACAGGGGAAAUUGGCAUUCAUCCCGUAUAUCACAGCUGGCGAUCCUGACCUUUCAACCACAGCUCAAGCGCUGAAGGUCCUUGAUUCAUGUGGCUCAGACAUUAUAGAAUUAGGGGUGCCUUAUUCAGACCCAUUAGCUGAUGGUCCCGUUAUCCAGGCUGCGGCUACACGUUCGCUAGCUAGAGGGACUAACUUCGAUAAAAUUGUUGCAAUGUUGAAGGAUGUGGUGCCUCAAUUAUCUUGUCCAAUUGCACUUUUCUCAUAUUAUAAUCCAAUACUUAAGCGUGGAGUAGAAAAAUUCAUGAUCACUUUGAAAGAUGCAGGGAUACAUGGUCUUGUUGUGCCAGAUGUCCCUCUGGAGGAGACAGGGAUAUUAAGAAAGGAAGCUGCUAGUAAUAAUGUGGAAUUGGUGCUGCUCACAACACCCACCACUCCUAUACCGCGAAUGAAAGCCAUCGUUGAAGCUUCAGAAGGAUUCGUCUACCUUGUGAGCUCAGUUGGAGUUACGGGAGCUCGUGCAUCUGUCAGUGAUAAGGUCCAAUCUCUCCUCCAUGAAAUUAAAGAGGUGACAAGCAAGCCAGUAGCAGUUGGUUUUGGUAUAUCAAAACCCGAGCACGUGAAACAGGUGGCCAAGUGGGGAGCAGACGGCGUGAUUGUUGGUAGUGCCAUGGUAAAAUUACUCAGCGAAGCAAAAUCCCCUGAAGAAGGCUUGAAAGAAUUGGAAAACUUCACCAAAUCCUUGAAGGCUGCCCUAUUGUGAUGAAAUAAGUUUGUAGUGUGAGCCUCAUUUUGAAUCUACAUUGAAGCAAAUGAAUUGAUUGGAAUUUUGUUACUUGAUAGUGUUACAGUUCGAAGCAACAUAAGCAUUUCGACCAGAAA